AUGUCGAGUAACCGUAACAUGUAAGCGUUACGUAUUAUAAUACAUACUAUAUAUACUGCAUAGCUUCUGCAUAAUUUGGCAGUGAAUUACACUAAGAAGUUAUCAUGGAGAUAGUAAGAAGCUUAACCCUCAUUUUUCUAUUCUCUAUGGCCUUGUUUGGCCUAUGUAGUAGCAACCAAAGUGUUAAUGCAUCCACAACUCAAGCCAAUAAUGCGACCGCCUUGAUUGUUAACCUACCAAAUGAUAAUACUACUUCCGAUUAUACUAAAGUUACCUUAGGGGACAAGAAACGGCAGAAUGGAGGUGGAGGUGGUGGUGGCAGUGGCGGAGGGGGAGGCAGUGGUGGAGGUGGGGGAGGUGGAGGUGGGUUUGCAUGGGGAUGGGGAGGAGGGGGUGGUGGCGGCGGCGGUGGCGGUGGUGGUAGAGGUGGGGGAGGAGGAUGGGGUUGGGGAGGUGGUGGUGCAGGGUCAUGGAAGUGGGGCCGAUGUAGUGGAGGGGGACGAGGAGGGAGAAAGCGACAUGAAAAGCAAAGAUAUGGUCGUGGAAACUUUAAGUUGGGAGAAUUUGCACAAUGCAUGGGAGGAGGAAGGUGCAAAGGAAUGAAGCUUGAUUGUCCACUUCACUGUGGUGGAUUUUGCUUCUAUGACUGCAUAAAUAUGUGCAAAGCUCAUUGUCGACGAUAAGCUUUGGUUUGUUCUUUGACGUCUUAAGUUCUAGCUAGUCUCAGGAUGUUCCCUCACCUUUUUGGUUUUUGCAACAUACGAGCUUGUUUUUUUGGUACUGAAUGGCUAGUCAUAGCAGCCGACCUAAAUGUAGGGACUAAGGCUUUGUCGUUGCUGUUGUAGUAUAACUAGCUAUGGCUGACAUUUCUGUGUGUUUGUUGAUUGUACACUUGGUAAACCCAUGUUAUGCUCCGCAGAUAUCCUCAGUCUAUUUCUUCGGUCUUGAUCUUGCUCCUCUGACCCCAUUCAAUUUCAAAUAUGCUUAAUAAUCACAAAUGUUCUCAACUUCUCAUGUAUAGGAUUCUCUUCGAUUAUUAAACCAACUAAUUGGAAUGAGAUGAGUAUUUUUGAAAAUAUAUUAAGAAAAUCGUAUUCCCAAAAUCCCCUGCCCCCUUCGGUUGAUCCCUACAAUUAGACUGUCCAGUAAAUUGACAGAACCCUCAUUCUAUUUUCAACUGUUGCAAUUAAACAUAAUUUUG